CGAAAUGUAAAUUGAAAAAUAUAAGUACACCUCUGAUUAAAUCAUUGAUCGAUUCGCUGACAAAUAUAAAUUCGUUGGCGUUAUAUGUACAUAGUAAAUCAGGUGGUUGAAAGUAUGAGUUUACUCAAGUGAUAAAAUUGUUUUGCGAGAAAUUAAAAGAUCAGUUCAAGAAGGUGAUAGGGGGAGGGAAACGUCUUUGAAAGCGGAAUGAUUUCAUCAGCUUGCGCGUCAGAGAUCCUUUAAUAGAAUCUAUGCACGCUACAUAUAAUCAUUGUUAUCGAACGCUUCUUUCAUGACGGGUUAUUUAAAUGAGCUCUCGCUUUGAUGCGCGCGUAUCAAAAAUUAAGAAAAGUCUUCUGUCGAUUUGUGGAUUAUGUGUUAUGUGAUAAUUUUUUGAUAUUUCAUAUAAAAGAGAUUUUAUAUACAAUGGUGCAUAAUAACAAAUCUGGUUCCACUGAUGUGUCAGAGAAGAAGAAAAUCCAAGAAACACGGGAUUCGAUUAUAAUCGAAGAUGUGUCGAACACGAAAAUUGCGGAUUUUGAAAUGGCAAUCUCCGCCGCUGGAACCGGAAAGUUCCAGUAUCUCCUUAUUCUUGCGAUUAUCCCAGCUUCAUGGGCAUCGAGCAUAGAUACGGGUAAUAUGUCUAUGAUACUUUCAUCGGCGGAAUGCGAUUUAGGAUUGUCAUUGUUUAACAAAGGGCUUUUAAAUGCUGUCAUUUAUGUCGGUAUGGUGUUGAGUGGUUUCAUAUGGGGAUACCUCGCCGACGUUAAAGGAAGAAAAAAUGUUAUAUUUUACGGUUACAUGGCAGAUGGUAUCUGCAAUCUACUCGCAGGUUUUUCACAAAAUUUUGAGACGCUUGUGUUCUUCAAAUUUCUCAGUGGCUUUCUCGUAAGUGGACCACAUGCCACUCUUAUGGCGUAUUGCUCAGAAUUUUACGGCGCCAAAGGUAGAACGAAAAUUCCGCUUAUUGUCGGCUUCUCCGUUUCAGUCGGAUGUGUAGUUAAUGCAGCAUUGGCAUGGAUGGUGGUUCCUCAGUCAUGGUUAUUUGUCUUUUGGGACGGUGCCUUCGUUUAUAAUUCCUGGAGAAUAUUUCUGUCCCUCUGUGGAGUAUCGACAUUGUUAGGCAUCAUUUGCCUUUGCUUUUUCCCGGAGAGCCCCAAGUUUUUAAUGACACAGAAUCGUAAUGAGGAGGCACUCGAGGUUUUCAAGAGGAUCUAUAGUAUGAACACUGGUCUGCCUAAGGAUGAUUAUCCUAUACGUGCCUUGGGCGAUGUCAAUUUGAAUAAUACAACUACAACGCAAUCGAAUUCAUUAGAAUCUCAAAAGAGUACAAAGUCAUGCUUUAAGAAUGGAAUACAACAGAUGAAGCCUCUUUGCUCGAACCCACAUCUGUCGCGUAUUUUGUUACUUGUUACCAUACAAUUCGGUGGAAUGUUGUGUUUAAACACUCUUCGCCUCUGGCAGCCACAACUUUUUGCGACAAUACACAACUUUGACCAUCUUGACACUAAUAUAACUAAUCCUACUUUCUGUGAAAUAUUAGAUAUUUCGACAUCUGCUACAACGAUGUCUGAUUUAAAUAAAACUGUCGCGUUUGAAGAAAUAUCAAGUUGUGAAAAUAUUAUUGUCUCAGAUGCGACAUACAUCGACACUGUUAUUGUCGCAACCACUUCUAAUUUUAUAUUGUCUGGCAGCGUUUUUGUCAAUUUUCUUGAACACAAAUAUCUAUCACUCAUUAGCUACGGAUGCGCGCUUCUAUGUCUGAUAUCUUUAAUUUGGUCUACAAAUACAUUAACCACUCUUGUACUUACAUGCUUGAAUCUUGGAUUAUUGUGCUUGACUUUUAACGUCGUGGUUGGCGCAACUGUUUUGCUUUUUCCUACAUCUCUAAGAGCGAUGGCGGUGAGCAUGCAAAUGAUAGUUGGAAGAAUAGGAGCUAUGCUUGGUAAUCUUAUUUUCCCUAUCUUACUCGCGUAUGGCUGUGUAACACCGAUUAUUAAUCUUGCGUGCUUCACUUUGCUAUGCAUACUUCUUACGUAUUUCCUGCCGAGUACACGCAAGCACGCGGUGUAAAGAUUGCUGUUUUGCUAAGGAAACAAAGCGGAAUCUUAAGAAAUGAAUUUAAGAAGGCGCAUCAAUCAACUUGCUCAACUGACAUCAAGUUUCCAUCGUCACUCCUGAAAUAACGUUUACGUCUUUGAGAAACGCACGAUCGUUUAGCAGAGCCGAACCGGAGGCUCCAAGGACCUGGAUCGAAGCUUAUCGCGAACUAUGAUCGAACUCGUAUGAGGGCGGACAAUGGUCAUGCAUAUACAUGCACCACACAACGAAAGACUGCACGAGGCCUUGAGUUUCACUUUCGACACAUCCUGGAGAGCCCUCCAGCCUUCACCCACAUGCUCGCUCUCCUCUAUCCUCUCUUCGUGUGUGGACGCAGCUUUAUCGCCGAUCUUAGGACCUCGCCAUCUCCGUCGAUCGAUGUAAUAAAAUGUACCGGCGUACGUAAACUCGCGCGCACGUAGUAAAUCUACGCCUAACGGAAAAGCAAGGGAGCUGUGCAAGGAAAGCGUAAGUUGCCCUCAAGUGCAUUUGUAUGUUGUACUCUGUUUUCAACUCUUAACGAAUAGGUUUCUACUGGAAAUAUCUUGAAUGUUUUUGAAUAUACAAAUAGAUCAUAAAUUAUGUGAGAAACUGUGAGGUAUGUUGUGCUAUUUAUGUCGCCUUUACGUCAUUGUUUUAUGAUAUUUCGCGUGAAUUUAUAUUUUAUAAUCAAUGGGUGAUUUCGAGUAUUUAUCGCAGCAACUUAGCUAUUACAAGGUUUAUAAAUUGCUCAUAUUUUUUACCGGUACACGUGAACACUGUGAUACACCUUAUAAAAGUUAUUAUCUUAAGAUGACUAUGCGUAUUGAUGGGAAUAUACGUUUCGUAUACGUGCGUAUUUUAUCACCAUUGUGACUGCAAAAUCACUUGUUCUAUCGAACAACUAUUAUUCGUGCCUUUCGCACAAGUGUAAAAUGAAUGAACUAUUCAUAUCUCAAAUAUAUCGCUAAUAAGAGAAUUAUAUAAUUGUUCCUUUCUCUCGAUCGCAACUCGCAUUUCGACAGUUAGUAUGUGGAAACUGGAUGAAAGUAAUCGCUUUUAUCGCAUCGCGUUCACGCGGCAAUUACGCGGCGCGCGUUAUAUAAUUAAACUGCACGGGCGUUUAACUGCUAACGGAAACCACGUAGCGUUUCAUUAACAGCUAAAUGCGCGCGCGAGAGAGAUGCAGUUUAAAAUGCCCGCAACCUUCCUUACGGCGCUUUCAUUGUAUAAGGGCUCCGUGGCGCCCGAGACUGCAUUCCGCAUAAAUUGCGGAAGGGAACUAUGCGCUGCGAACACCACGCACACAUGUACCAGUCAGUGGAAAAACGUGUCUGCAUUUCUUCUGUCCGCUACGUCCACGCAAACAUCCAUCGGCGACCUAAUGUCUACAUUAAAAGUCGACACGUACUUGGGAACAUGCGUCGUAUCCGAACGACGAUUUGCACCUGCAACUACUUCAUCAACAGCUUCGUUUAACACCGAUAUAGAUUUCUGGUGUUGGUUGCACGAUCGAAAGUGUUGCGGCGGAUCUUACGGUAAUAUCACAUUUCCUUAAUGCAGCACAACUUUCGCACGAAGCAAAUAUAAUUAGCAUCCAAGGGAGAGAUUGUACUUUUUAUGCAACAUAACUGAAAAGGGAAAAAGUUUUAUUUCUUAUAUUCUAAUCCGCUACUUAUUCUUUUUACUGGAUAUUGAAAAGUAUCACGCACAAACUGGUUCUGAAGAAUUCAACUGGUUUUCUGUAUUUCGAAAAAGCUGUUUUAAUCGAACUAGGAAUAAUAAGAUUGGAUAUUCCACUGAU